GGAAGGAAAAAAAAAAAAGAAAACGAAAAAAGGGAAUGAGUUUAUUUAAAGGCGCCGGCGAGGACCAAGUCACCAACUUCUUUCCCGGCUGCUGACUUUAGUUACUAAGGCUUAGCAGAUAAUGCCUGGCCCCGGACCUCACCUUAUGUACGCCAUGGGCUCCGGUCUGGCCCUUACCACUUUGACCAACGGCCGCUUCACCCCGCAUCACACCCUCACCUACACCAUCAAUGCCUUUUUUGGUCCUGACAUUGGUUCUUUCUCCGAGUGGCUCGGCUCUAACCUUGGUCCCUCUGCUCAGCUUUUCGGCUCUGCGCUAGCUGACUAUAUCCAUGACCCCUUCUACUAUGUCUUGAUUCUGGGCCUUCCCUUGUGUGUUUUGUACUCUUGGCUCUCCAAAAUUUUGCUUCAAAGGAAGAUUCUUGAUUCAGUUUCUGGGGUGCCCCUUUCAAGGAGGCAAUGCUUAUUGUUGGCGGCUGCUGGGUGUUUAUCACACUUUUUCCUAGAUCACUUGUUUGAGGAAAAUGGACAUUCAUCAGUGUAUACCUGGAUAUUGAGCACUGGUUGGUGGAAGAAUCAAGCACCCAUCAAUCCAGAUGCUGUCGUUGUGGUUGGCUUCCUAUGCACUUGCUUAAUUGGAGGCUUUAUUUACAUCAACAGGGUAAAAUCCUUAAAGUUCACUAGAAAGGAAUCGCACCAAUCAUUGAAACUUAUUAUGAUCAUAGCAAGCCUCUAUUGCUUGUGGUGUGCGAGCCAAAUAUACUGGGUAAAUCCUCGUAGGCCAGCAGUUGGUGAAGAGGCUGAUCUUGGAGUGCUUGUAUUUCUUGCUACUUAUUUAUUUCUUCCUCAUUGUUUGUGCUUUAUUUCCAUGAAUCCUAAAGAUCAUGACACACAGCAACUUCCAUUAUAGCAUAAACAUAAUCACAUAGGUAAGUUGGGACAAAACAAGUUCUGCAAUUUCCAUUCAAUUUCUACAAUCCUGCAUACACACAUUUUGAGUUAUAUUGUCUGCUAGAAUUGGUCUCUCUUUAUUAUUAGGUAUUUCAUUUAUUAAAUAUGUAUAAUAUUAUUCCUCUUAUUUUGCGUGUGAAAUGAUACCAGUCAAGGAAAUGAAAUUCUAGUUUUGAUGGUUUUUUUUCUUCUGUGUAGAAGUGGAAAAUCUCCUUGGCUACGUUUGGCAAGACAUGAUCAUAGUUGUAUUUCAAUUGCAAUUACAUUACUUGUCUUGUUACGUUGUUUGGUUUCAAAAAGAGAAUUUAUUGUAAUGCAAUGCCAAUUAGAUCAUGUAAUUUUUGUUACUUUAACUAAUGUAUUUUAUGUAUUCAUUUAAGUGUUAUUUGAACUCAUUUAGAAACUAAUUUCAAUUAUAUUUUCAAA